AUGUCCCCUAUAUUGGCCGCUCGUGACGUCAACUCUUCUUCGGCUGGUAUGAGCAAAGGACUGUACAUUGCAGGCUUCACACUCGUAGGACUCCUCAUCGCCGGGCUGUCGCUAUGGUUGCUGGUUCGUUGCUACAAGAAACGAAUGGGCGAAAAACGAAACGACGAGCGCAGUGCUGCAUUCCUUCAUGUGAAGGGAAUCAGGAAAGCUGGGGACAUCGUCCCCACUGCGCGAGGUAGGAUACCCAACGCUUUCAGCAGGGAGAACAUGACGGCCUCCGUCGUUCUCCCGGACAGAGUCCUCAUGCGGCAAGCCUACCCUGCAAGCCAAACUUCCACUCCCGCUUCCUUCGUACAGUCGCAAGCUACCACCACCUUUGAUCCCCCCCUACAAGUGCCUAUAUCCCCUCCAAACCCUGCCCACUUCCGACUUAGCCAUGUAUCCACUCACUCUGCCCAUUCCCCCAUUGCUCACCCUUCGUUCGUGCAAUCGCGCACAUCUUCUUUCAGCGCCGGCACUGCCGCAUCAGCCUCCCCACACGCCCGACCUGUCCGUCAACUCUUCGAUCCUGUCCUAUCUGACGAACUCCCCUUAACGCAAUUGGGCGAAUAUCUCGCUAUUUUUGAAUCCUUCGACGACGGCUGGUGUCUCGUCGUUAGGGAUAAUUCUCGUCCGCGCCGAUCAUCCAUCACUUCCACGAUCAUUGGCUUCCGCGGCAGGAACUCUAAUGCAUUGAAUGCAGAUACUGCUGAAGGAACCCAACAAGAUAUAGGGUUGGUCCCUGCAUGGGUGUUUGUUAAACCUAUGAAAGGCCUCACCGUCGAACGGCCUAUGCGCGUCUCAAGUGUGGAUGCACUCAAGCUUGGUCUGGGUGGCGCAGGAGCCUUCAAGAGAUACGAUGAUCUCCUGGUCAAAUUUCGCAUAGAGUGCGAUCUUACAUGA